AUGUGUUCCGGUGCGACAUUUAAGGCGCUGUGCUAUUUUUAUGCCGGCUGCAAUAUGUUCAUGUCAAUCACUGCCAUCAUGAAUUCCGGCCGAGUGAGUGAUAUAAUUGGGCGCGAUAAUUGCACCACGGAUCCGGAUGCAGCCGAACCCGCACCGAUUUGCAAUCAAAUCACCUUUGCCUUUCUGGUUUUCGCCAGUGGACUUGAUUGCUUCAUGUCGUUUGUGUUGUCGGUGGGAAUUAUGUGGAGAAAAACGCUUCUCUUAAAGCUAUACAUGGUGCACUUGUGGAGCCACAUGGCGUUCUGCUUCUACUGCUGGCUGGGCGUCCUGUUGGCAUUCCGAGGUGCGCUCGCCUCCAGCACACUCCUGUUCGUGUGGGGCGUCGUGUUGAUCCUGGCCAGCGUUUACUUCGCCAUGGAAGUCUGGAUAACGCGGGGAGCCUACGAGGCCGUCCGGCAGGAACGUGCUAAACUCGAGCGAGAUACGACGGCCGGCGCCGGUGAUGUGCUGCUGAGUUUGGGCGGAUUUAUCUCCUAA